AUGAGACAGAUCUACCAGACCCCCAUGCUUACCCGACUGCGGUCUCCGGCCAAUGGUGGGUUAGUGACCAACUCCGCAUCUACUUCUCCAGCGAAUCCAAGGAAGACAUCGCCGAAUGCCUCUCCGAUGGUCUCCACGAAGCCAUCGUUUCAGAUUGCCAGCAGCAAAUCUAAUCUGAAACGAGGGGAAUCUGGUAAAGUGACUUGCAUUGUUAAGACGAUCGAGGCUCUGAACGCAGGCGUCAACGAACACUCGGACAACAGAGCUCUACAGUUCUCGGCUCGAGCGUGUCAACCACCGACUGUUGUCGAAUCGGCAGAUGGCCCUACUGAAGAAAGUGAUAGAAAAUCUACAGGCCCUCGCACGACUGAACCAGAAGCAGGACACUUAGAUGUGCCAAAAAACUGUUCGGAUGAUUCGUUUGUUACAGCACCCGAGUCUGAGUCAGAAUCUAACGCUAGCAAUAUAUCAGAGUUGGAAUACAAUUUCCAUUUUACCCCAGGCGCAGCAAACCCAGUCGGUGCUCAAGAGUCUGAAGAAGACACAGCAAAUCUUUGUACUGUCACAGGCUCUACGUCAGAUACUGCCCUAGAUGUAGAAUCGGAGGAUAGGAGUAUGCUAGCUUGUGAUGUGGUGACAAGCACUGGCCACAUCAAAGAAGCGAGUUCGCCUGUACUUCCAAGUAUUUGCGAAUACAACAGAAAAUCCCUAAGUAGUCGGGGGACUCCAAGCGAGCAAUUCCUAUCGCAGGAAACAACAAGUGACGGCGUGUUGGAAGACAAAGUAUCUACCAGUCCACAUGUGGAAGAGGCGGUUGAAAACAAUAUCGCUAAGGAGGGGCUCGAGUUGUCCAGCGCUACACCACUUGUCGUGGAUACGUAUAUAGAAGAAGUGGGUAUCCAUAAUGUGCAAGUAGAAAAGGUAGCGAAUUGUAGCGGUAGUGAUGAGCAUAUAAAAAACACGGAUUCUAGGCCCUCUGCGAAUGCAUCAAGCACAGAAUUUGUGGCGAAUGACGACGAUGAACACUGCGCUAUUGAAACAACGGAAAUAGAUAAUGCAGUGCAGAAUAUCGAUGCGAGAGACAUUUCCUCGAUCCAGUCCUCAUUUCAAGUGGAACAGAAGCUCGAUGCACCAACGCACGUAGAUAUAAACUCAGCAACAAGCGAAGUGGAGGACGAACCAGACUCGUCCGGGGAUGGAAUCGUCAAAUCAUCUGUCUGCAAUGAACGUUUGCCACCUGUCUCCGGUACCGAAUGCGAAAAUUCAGCAAAAAGUAAGAGCACCGAAAAGCCACCGCUCCGCUCACAGGUAAGCAGUAUCGUAGACAGUUUAUUUGAGACAGUAUCGUGCGAGAUGCUUGCACAGAAACAAGCAAAUGAAGCCAAUCGUCGGGAGGCUGAGACCGAGUUAGCCCGGGCUGAACACGAGGCACAGGAUGAAACGCAAGCGAGCCAGAAUAUACAACAGCCUUCCGAGAGAAGUGCAGACAAUGCACUGUUCCCGCUUGACAUGCCACCUCGUCGACUAAGUAAGGUGCAACGCAUGCUCGGCGAAGAAGUACCUGAGGGAGGUCCCAUGCUAACAAUUAUUGAUAACGAGGCGGCUUCGCUAUUGAAGUCGGCGUUCGCGGGUGCGCAUACGGCUCAAACCAAUGGGGUCACAUCGCAGACAUCCAGCGCAAUGGCACCGAGGUGUACACGCCAAUCGACUGAGGAAGAGUUCAGGCCACAUCUCGUCCAUAGGGACACCUCUAUUUUUGACGGUAUGCUCAUUGGGUCGUUUAGUGGUAAGGGUAAAGAGGAAUACAAGGCGCCGCCAAAGCGCAAGGUGAGUACUGAACAGCAACAGCUCGCACUGAAUGGACCAGGCGAGAGGAAGGUGCCCGUGUCGGCGGACGAAGCGCGUAGAAUGCAGAUUUACGGUACUUUGCCUAUAAAAGGCAGACACUCUAAAGAAUCUUUGAUCGAGAAGGGCACUAGAUCCAAUCGAACUAGUCCGCUAUGCAAAGGUGAUAGGGCUGAGAGUGCUAUCGGAGAUCUUAUUGCGGGAAAUUGCAAUCCACGACUACCCAUGGCGCACCCUGGAGAAGCCCACCCGGGGGGCGCUUCAGCGCGUACACAAUCACAUCCCAACAGACCCGGCACGCCCAGACGCACUACGUCUGCACAAGGGUCUGAUUUGAUACCAAAUCAAUCCAACCACAGUAAGCUGGGUAGUGGUCAGUGCACAAGUGCGUCCGUUCCUAAUCUAAGUGACGAACAUGCGCUGAGUCUACGAGCGCUCCAGGGAAGGAAAGGCGUGGCCAGUGAAGAACUUCUCUCCAUAGCCAGCAUCACUUCUGGGCACCCACUGCGUAAGCACUGUCACAAGAGAUCUGCAUCCCAUUCGAAUGGUACCCAGAGUUCCGGGACGUAUCCACUCUCACCGAACAAACACAGUCUAUCUCACAACAACCAAGCCAUACGCGGUCGUGGCGGCACACUGCACAACAGGUCCUCGUCCGAGUCGCGCAGGCGUGCAAGUAGCGGAUCAGUCUCCCAGGGGAGUAUGUCCUCGGGAACGGGUCGCAGCACAAUGUCGAGAUUGUCAGCACGAGACGCGCAGUUGGGGUUGGUUCAGGGGACUGGAGCGAAUUGGACAGGCACUCUGACUAGAAGCAACAGCAAGCACCUAGGCCAAGAGUUGAUCAUAUUUGGGGCGGUGCAUGUAUCUGGGAUGUCGCGGUCAUGCCGUGUGUGCCACACUCAAGGCCGAGGAACUGUGCCCAGAGGUGCGAGUGCGGCCACGAGCACGUUACCGCGACGAGGGGCUAACAUGAAGGAUGUGCAGGACUUCAGAUCGGUCGAAAACGGACGCUUACAUUACCGUAUAGGUGUAUCUGUGAACGCUAGCACGCCACAGACUGUGUUGAUGGACUGCAAAGGCGAACUUAUCACACGUUUGAGCAAACAGCAUAAGUUCAUGGGUAUGACGCCCACAGUGUAUGUGGAGGAUCUCAGAACAGUCGCGGUGAACGGUCGUGUGUUGUUGCCAGGCAAGGUAGCACUAAGCAAGCAGAAAGGUGUGCGAGUCUUGACAUACACUAAGAGUAUCACAAUCAAUGAUACCCUGAAGGAAGGUGAGUGCAUCAACGUGUUCUUCUGCAAGGACAAGGAGAAAGCGAAGGAACGCAAAUUGGCGGAUAACACUAAGCACCACAAGAAAUAACAGAAGGCCCGAGCGAAGGCUCU